CCUAAAUCUCACGAAUAUGUAGUGUUACCAACUUAUCGGUGUCAUUUAGCGUGCGCAUACUGUUUGCAUACAUUCUCCGCUACCUCCUUUGUGUCAUCAUGUCAACUACGAGCCCAUCGGCUUUUAGCGGCGGACCACACCGUGUAAGUCGCGGCUGUGAUUCCCGCACCACCGCCAAACUACCCACAGGCCCACGCAUCCAUUUAUAUUACAUGCACGAUGCUACUCCCCAGCCGACUAUUGAGAGACUAAGGGGGGUCUUAGUCUUGACUUGGUAGCCCUACCGAACGGGGUCAGCGCGGAAAUGCGAUGAUCGUAGGGUGUCAAGGCUUUGCAGAUUCGCAAAGCUAACCCUUCUUGGGAUUAAUAUCGAAGCUAUACAUGUUUCCUUUACUGCAUGAGCAAGAUUCUGAAUGAGUGCAUGCAUACAUGCAUACGUGACCCAGAUCGACGUAUAUAACCCCUCUUGAAGAUUCUGACAUAUCUCGAUACAGGAUGGAUCAUCAUCCUUCAUCAUGACCGUUCCAACCACUACCGAUCUAGCACUUGACUCUGGCAAUGGCACCGUCAUUCGUAAAAUUCUGACCACACCUCUUCGAGAUGCUCUCACUUCAGAGAUACCAGUCAUCGAUGUUGCUGAUAUCUUUCACCCUGACGAGUCUAAGCGGAGAGCUGUCGCUGAUGAGGUCAAAACGGCAGCCGUCAACACCGGCUUCUUCUAUAUCAAGAACCAUGGCGUUGACGAGGAGGUAGUCGAAGCCGCACACGAAAACAUGACCAAGUUCUUUCGACAAGAUCUGGAGACGAAAUCCAAGGUCGACAAGAUCUGGAGACGAAAUCCAAGGUCGACAGCCGCAAGAUCUCAGAACAGGCCUUUGGGUACAAGCCUUCCCAGUCACAGGCGCUCAACUAUGCCGAGGGUGCUGAGGAGCGUGAAGCAUUCUACUGGCGCCACGAAAUUGAGUCUGAUAACAACACUCCUAGUUACUACAAAGCUAGACUCAAGGCUGAACAGUUCCGAGCUAAGCACGGCGAUGAUGUUUUGCCUGGUGUGUGUGGCAGUUUGGACGUCUACUCUCAGCAGCUGUAUACACUUGCAAAGGCUCUGA